AAUUGUUUUGUACAUAAUUAUAAUUAUAUGUUUUAUUUACAGAAAUUCGGUACGAGGAGACGGAACUAUGGCAGUAAAUUCAACACGAAAGAAGCGCCGGAUGAGGUGGACGACAGAAGAGGAGGAAGCACUUGUAAAGUUAUGGGAUAUUAAAUAUCCGAAGUUGCGCGGUCAAAAACGCAAUGCUCAUAUAUACGCAGAAAUUGCGGCCGAAAUGGUGGGACGAAAUAUGCAGUUUGAUAGCCACGAAGUGAAGUUUAAAAUGCAUAAUUUGACGAACCGAUUUAAGAAGGAGAAGGACAAAAUGGAGACGUCAGGUGGGUCGCGUUCAGAUUGGCCGUAUUUUGAUCGCAUAAAUGCUAUAAUUGGAAACAGAGGUGUGCACGAUAUGGAUAGUGAAAUUGAAGAGAGUGCAGUUUAUAAAUCGGAAAAUAGUUCGAUAUAUCCAAUAACGUUAAUCUCAGUGCCAUCGUCAACACCGAUGUCAUCACCAUUAACGCCGCUUACACCAACACCAUUGCCAUCACCAACACCAAUACCACAAUCACCACUUCCUCUUGAGUUAGAACGUGAAUCUGCAAAAAAAAGUGAGUUGCCAUUACUGCAAAGUAUUGAAACUACUAACAAGGAUAUUUUGAAUGAAAUUCGCGCGAUGAGACGCAAUCAAGAGCAGUCAAAUAAAGCUCAAGAGGAAAUGCUUCAGCUUGAAAGGCAGCGAAAUGAAAUAAUGAUUAAGAUGCUGACCUGCAUUCAAGAUCGCAAGAAAAAAUAAAUAUUUUUAAUUUAUUACUUAUAACUUGAUAAUAUUAUGUAAAUAAUAGUUUAAUUUUA